UGCGCGGCGCGGCGCGGCCGCAGUCAGUCGCGGGGACGACGCCGGCCGAGCGCCACGCUUGCACGCCACGCUCUCCGCAGGGGAAGAUGAGCGUGCCGGCAUGAGGCAAGCCGCGGCUGCUCGCUGGGCUGUGGCGCUGCUGCUCGCCGCCGUCCUCACGGGCAGGGACAUGUGCUGGGAGGUGCGGCCGCUGGCGGAGGAGGUGCGCGCGCUGUCUGGCGCGGUGCCGCUGCAGCUGGAGGGCGUGCCGGCGGGCGCGCAGCGGCUGCUGCUGCUGCGGGCCGGCCUGCGGCUGCACGCUGCGCGCAUCAACGCCAGCCGCGCCACGCUGCCCUGCGCCGUGCUCGCCUACGGCGGCCGCUACACGCUGCGCCUCGACCCCCCGCAGCAGCUGCCGGAUCGCUCGCUGGACGUGCGGUGGCCGCGGCCCGAGCUGGCUCUGGAGCCGUCGCACAUCCAGACGUUCCCCUCGCAGCCCGUGUCGGCCGCCCUGCAGUUCGCGCGCACAGCCUGCGCACCCGCCACCGGCUUCGACUUCCCUGACCUCUGGCUGCAGCUGCUCUUCUGCGGUCACACCAAGCAGAACUGCCACGUGGCCAACGUAACGCGCACACAGGUGCUGUUCCGGCGGCAGGUGAAGGGCUACCCCGAGCGCGUGCUGCUGACGCUGGCGUGCGACCUGUUCGGCAUCGCAGGCUACUACGCGCUCACACUCACCGAGGCCGCCAAGUCCGGCCUACAGCUCCUCGUUGGCGAUCCUGCUUACCUUAAGGCGGCGUGGAGCGACCAGUUCGUGUUCAACGUGCACGCGCGGAGCGUCUUCCCGUGCGAGGACGGCGUGUCGGUGCUGUUCCAGUACCCGGAGUGCAUCCUCGCGUCGGCGGACCGCAUCCGCGUGUUCGCGCGGCUGCGCGCAGACGUAGCGUCCGUGGCGCCGCCGUCUACGCUGGUGUACGCGGCUGAGGCGCGCGUGACGCGCGGCCAGCACGCGCUGCGCUUCCCCUGCUCCGUCUUCUCUGAGCGCUACGUGGAGUACUGCUUCGUCUACGUCAGCCAGGCCGUCACCGGCGCCGUCUCCGACCUGCGGGUCGACUGCGUGCCCACCAUGCCCGUGUCUGAGGGAGAGGCCGGCAACUGGGGAGCGUGGAGCGCGUGGUCAGCCUGCUCCGCGACGUGCGCCGGCUCGCGCAACCGCUACCGCAUCUGCGACAACCCGCCGCCCAGAUACGGCGCCAAGUUCUGCCAGGGCCGCGGCUACGAGUCGGAGUCGUGCGGCGCGGAGGACUGCGCGGACGGCGCGCUGGAGCCGGGCCCGGGCUGCCGCUGCGGCGGCUGCCAGCUGCGCGUGCGCGACGGCGCCACCGCCAGACUCGCCGCCUCCUCCACCAGCUGCCCCGGCCGCAGCCUCUGGCUCCUGCAGGCGGACGACGGCUGGGUGCUGAAGCUGACGUUCGAGCACGUGGUGCUGCCGUGCGGCUCGCACUGGCUCAAGGUGCGCGACGGCGAUUCGCUGUCGGCGACGCUGCUGGCGCAGCUGAGCGGCCGCCCGCACGUACCGCUGACCGUCAUUUCGGAGGGGCCCUUCCUGCUCAUCGAGUUCUUCUCCGACGUGCCGCUCGCCGUGCUGGGCUGCAGCGGCAGCUUCGUCGCUCGCGCCACUCCCCUCUCUUCCGGCAACGAGACGGGCGUCGCCGUGGCGGGAGCGGCGGCGUCGCAGGCGGCGGCUGCGGGGUCGGCGGGCGAGACGGGCGCGGGGGCGGCGGGGGCGGCGCUGGCGGGCCGCGUGGGCGCGCUGGUGGUGGGCGCGCUGACGCUGGCGGCGGGGCUGGCGCUGGGCGCGCAGUACGUGCUGCGCUACCGCCAGUACCGGCUGGCCGUGCAGCGGAAGCCCGCCUCGGCCUGCUCGCUGCUCGGCUCCACGCUGACGCUGCUGUCCGACGUGGUGUCGCUGCGCCGCUCGCACCGCCGCCUGCCCGACUGCGAGCCCGACGACGACCACACCGACAAUGAAUAUGAAGUAAUUGAACCACUGCAGCCUGACGUUAAAGACUUUAAAACUGCUUCUGUGAAGAGCUGUGGAAGCAGCGAGAAAGCGGAAAAGAAUUCCAGAUCAUCGGCUGAAGUUGUUGUCGUCAAGCCAACAUCGUCAAGAGCGAGGGAUGAUGUGCAGAAUGGUGAGAGAAAGUCCCAGGCAGCAGUUGUAGAGAGUCUCGAGGAAAGUGGACCUCCAGUCACGAGCGCAGCUUCCUCUAAUGGACUCAGCUCGAACAACAGCGACAAGUUAACCAGCGAACGGAGAAACCAGCGGAAACGUCUCGACACCGACGUGACUGCAGCCCGCAGUGCACCAGCAAGGAUACCUGUGGCCACCGCCGAGGAUUCUCUGUCCCAGUCCGAAGAGAUCGUGAGCUCUCCCAAGGCCCGGAAAGACCUGACUAACCGUGAAUGUCAGCUCGCUGGAUCAGAGUUCAGUCUGUCCGGACCAGACCACGACCUGGAGCUGGACUACUACGACUACAACGUCACAAACGCUGGAGGCAUUCCAGGCUCCCUCCUGGGCAUGGACCCCGCCUACCUACUGUGGAUACCACCUUUCGCUCCAGGAUGUUGGGAGGAGGAAGGUGACAAUUUACUUUCAUACAGCAAUCAGCCAGAGCUUCAAUCACAGCAUGAGCUGCAUGUGUUCCCACUCAAAGGAGAGUACUACACACAAGUACCCCCAUCAGUGUGCAAGGAUCAGCAAGUUAAGGAUGAAGUGACAACAUUUUGUUCAACAGAUGUAGACAAACUCAUGGACAACAAGACUGCAUCUACAGGCAACAUCAGUACUAAAGAUCAAAAAACAGACACAAAUAAUGCCACUAAUACUAUUAGACUUUCAGACAGUAUGUCAAAGUUAAUAGGCCCCUUGCAUCAUCAGGAGUAUAGCAAAGUUGGAAGUCUUGGUCAUGUCAUGAAUGUCAGAUCCAAAGAGGAUGUAAUGUUGAAGGAAUUUUCUAAGAAAUCCGAGUCACCAGUCAAAGUGCAUCAAAUAUGUAGUGUCAACAGUAAGGAAAGCACACUGAAAAAGCUUUCUUCUGCACAUGCAGAUAUACUAGACAAUAUUCAGUUUGCAGAUGAAGAUGAAGAAGAUGAAAGUAAAUGUGAUUCCCUGAUUAUAUGAUAAGUGUAUUGUUCAUGGAGAUGUUACCAAAGUGUCCUAUUUUAGGUAAAGUGACCCAGUAAGUAGAGUUGCUUGUUUUACAAAUAUUUUUCUUGGAAACAGAUGAACCACAAUAUACAUCUUGUUGUUAUAUAUGAUAUCUCAAGGACAAAACCAGUGUCAAUAAAUCAGACAAAUGUAAAUGUUUCAUUGGUAAGCACCAUAUUGCAGUUAAUUUCCGGUAAUGAGAAACUGCUGGAGAAAAUAAAAUCUGAAGUAUAAUUUCCUUUGCAUUUGCCCCUAAUUCUAUUUCUCAAUUGCAAGCCACAUUCAAUGAGGUUUUUAUUUCUUUAUUUCUUUUUUUUACUAACUGACUGAUGGAAAUGUUCAAAUAUUGGGCACUGUUCUAAUUAAUAAUAUUCUACCUCACAGCUAUAGAUAAACACAUGUUGAGUUUCAUAUAAAUGUUGCUGAAAGUUAAAAUAUAUAGGUGUUGCAGCAUUUUGGCAAUAGUGACCAGAUCCAUCUACUGUUUUUUUUUUCCAUCCUACACCACCAUGUAUAAAACUUUUCCAUUUCCUUUAUUUCCGCCAUUUCAUGACAAAUUCUCUAUUGCUCACUGAAAAAUGAAUGCAGCCUUUGGUAAAACUAGCUGAAUGUUACGAUCAGGGGAGAUCCUGCAUGAGCUAAUACAGAUUCAACACUAAAGUGAUGUGUAUCCAUGGUCUAAGUUACCUGUAUGCCUUAGAGACCAGUUAUUAUAGGUCUUAUAAGACAAUAACUGUGUUGCCUGAUAUGAAACAGACAUCAUUAGGCUCAUGCUGUUGUUGGUGUUGAAAGGCAUACACAAUUAUGCUACUAUAAGAUUGUCACACUUCAGCAGUCAUAAAGUAGAGAGACUGUUAGCUUUGAAUUUACAUUUGCAGUUUUGGAUUUAUUAAUCUGUUGGAAAAGAAAAAAAAACACACACUAUCAUUAGUCCAAUUAUUUGCAUUUACUCAAUGGAGACUUAUUACUUGUCCAAAAUCAACUAUGACAGCAGGGAAGGUAAUUUAUAAAUGUAAUAAGAAAUCACUGCAAAGAGAAAUAUAUUAACAUCAAUAUAGUGUUGUAUGGUUAUAUGUCUUGUUACAGAAUUAGAAAUAGCCAAACAUAUGAUGAACAGAAACUGAUACUAUGAACUUUUUCCAUGUAUGUUGAGGCUAAUGGUUUCUCAAUGAAGACCAUGAUGUGUUUUAUAUUAAUCAUCUUGUAAAAUGCCUGAAUGCUUGAAUCGUGUUUAUUCCUGGAUUUUCUCUUUUUUGUAUUCAACAGUUUGUUUUUUAAAUGUUUAUUGUUACUGUUUUUGUAACUGUAUUAGGUAUGCUUAGAAAUAAGUAGGGUGAGAAGCACAAAGAUUAAGGAAUAAUAGAGAUGAACGUUGCUUGCAGAAAGAUGUAGAUAAAUCUUCUCUUUCUUGUUGAGGCAUCAGUUUUUUCUGGAAUUAACAGUGUCACAAACAAAUAUUUCUGCAGCUAUCAGAAUCUAAUUUUCAUACUGUAAUAAUGAAACCAUCAGUUUCACAAAAACAGAUAAUUACUGGUACAGCAGUCAUAAUUCAUGCGACACUCACAAUUCUACUAUUAAUUUUGGAGAUAUCUCAAGUUUUCAUUAUCAUGCUGUGCUCGUGAGUUAGAUAUUUGUGAAUGUUAUAUUUUCAGCAUAAAACAACAGUGACUGAAAACCAGGAGCUAUAUCUUAUGGUAGCUAAUUCCAGUUUUUGUAAAUCAUCGUACCUCAGGGAAUGCUGAUUAACUGCCAUACUGUGGUUUUCAUAUGACUCUGGCACACAAAAAUUUUGUCUUAAAGUUUUACUUUUACACUCUUCUUGUGAAGGCUGAUGGUGAGUAGUUGCAUAAUAAGUCAGUUACAUGACUGUUUAUGUGUAACCGGUCUGAAUGGUCUCCUCUGCCUCCAGUAGUCCUCAUUAAGGUUAUUCAUUUAACAGUAUAUCGUUAUAAUCCCAUGCAAUGGCAAAGAACUGAUGUACAGUGCUGAAGUAUUAAAAUAAUUGUACCAGUAAGAACUUCUUGCUUUUAAGUAUAAAUGUAUUCUCAUUCAAAUAAUCUGUGUAUAAAGAAAAAGCAUUCCUUAUAGUUUCAUGUCUUGUGGGAGAAUAUGGAUUGAAAUAAGGAGUCAAUUAUUUUUAACAUAAAGCAAGCUCAUUACAUUUGUAGCACUGUGUGCUGAAUUAUGAUCCCAAAAGAAAAGAGAAUUUACUGCUCAAUGACUAAAAGUACUCUUUCAAGUUUGCAGAAGGAACAAAGUAUUUUCUCAUCAAGAAAAACUUCGGCUGAAAGAGUACACAUUUUUAUGUACUCCAUCAACAUUAUACAUAAAUGACCCAUGGAAUCUAUGCAGUUCUGUUGCUGAUUUCUUACAAAAAAUAUUUGUAAGAAGCAUUAAACACUAGCCAGGCAUAUAUCAUGAAUAAAAUUAGUCAACAUAGUAAUAUAUUUAUGUUGCUUCAGUGUCUAUUUAAAAUAUGAAAUGCACAGUAAUCCAAAAUUCAUUAUUUUUCAGCUACAUGCAGUUAGUGAAUGACAUACCAUUCAGUAGCCUAGGCCUGUUGGUAAUAGUUAAAGGGUACCUGUAUGAGAUAUGAAUUUGCAUUUGCAGUAAAUAUAAUUCAAAGAGACAAUAGUAGCAGCAUAAAAAUUACAGAUAAAUUGUUGUUCCUAAAUGUAUCAAAAUGUAUCAUGCAAAAAAAUUAUUUAGUGAACUGUUUUACAGCCAGUGGUUGCUUAAAAGAUGCAGAGGCAAUUACAUUUUGAUUGUGGCUAUUGUGUGGAAAAUUUAAAAAUACUGAUCGGUUGUUUGUUAAAUAUUGGAUGAAAUAGAUAUAUUUUUAAGAGACAUAUGAUGUGGCCUUUUGUACAGACAUAGUCUGGUUUCAGAGUAGAUAGUAUUCUCAUACAAUGCCUCUGAUAUUACCAUGUGUGGAAAUUUAAAGCUUUCUAAAUAUUUCAGCUCAAGCAAAAUAAAAUUUUAUUGAGUAUUGUAAGCUCACACUUACAUAUCAUGUGCAACUAUAAAACAAAAUUGAAAUAGUGUUUACCAAGGAUUAUGCUGAUGGUAUCUCACUCUUGUUGUGACUCUGAAGUAUAUUGUGUAUGGAUUUCAGUUUCCUCGUAUCAUAUUUGUAUAAUAAUGGAUGGAUGAUCCUCAUUAUUUAGUGCCACAGUGCUAUGGGAGUUAUAUUCUCCUCUGACAUUUUAAACAGCAGCACUCAUGGUUUUUAUGUGAUAACUAUUUAAAUUUAUUAAACUGUUUUCUGUUUUGCAUCUCACUAGGACACAGGUAUACUGAAGGUAUCAAUGAAUGAAAUUGUGAAUGACACCUUCUGAACAGCACAGUCUCAUGAGCAAAUGUUUUAAUGGGUGGAAGCAAUAUUUAUUUCAUUUUAUGGUAUCAUUGUAUUACAUUCUCUCCAGAAAAUUUCUCAUUCUCUUUCUGGUAUCCUUUAUUCAGCAACAGUUUUGAAAAUUUCUAAGACAGUUCAAAUGUAUCUGUGAAUUAACCAAACAUCAGUUGUGCAUAAUUAAUUAAGGAUGAUAAGAUAAAUGACAAUGUACUGGAAACAUGAGAUAUUAUGUACUGAAAGUUCUUUAAGUAAAAUACCUGAAUUAAAUGUCCAACAUCAACCUCUCAAAUUCCAGCAAUAUUAAAGAAAUGUAAAUUUGUUCUCUUCUGGAAAUAUAUACUUUCUCUCAAAACUUAAGCAGAAUAAAAGAUUGUUAUGCAAGCUCACUAAGUAACUGAAUAACAAUCUUUCAGGUUCAACUUGUGUUUGAAAAACGUUUAUAAUGAUCAUUGUAGUUUACAAAAAUGGCUAAUCUUAGCAAAACCUGAAACUGUUGUAGUCAUAUCAACAUUUCCUGGAAGUAUACAAAUUAUUUUUAUGUAAAAUGUUAAUAGUAUUUAUGUUUGUUACCAAAUGUAUGCAUGUUGACAAGACAAUUUAUGUAUCUUUUAUGUACAUAAAAAUCACCUAAUUUUACAAUAGUAUUUCAGGUUUACAGUUAAUUUUUCAUGUUGUUGAAAUUCCUUGUGGAAUGGAAAAUUAUAACCAAAGUUAACUGAGCAAUGUCUGGGCACAGUGCAAUUGAUCAGUGACUGUGGUAUUAUUAAAGAAGUCUGCAUUUAGAUUAGUUACAUCCAGUGUCACAUUUUUUAUUGCUGUGAUUUGCACUCUAUGUUCUGUUAAUAGACAUUAUCAUAAAGGUGUAAUGUUUCUUAAUUGUGAACAAUGAUUUCAUAAUUUAUAAUUCAGCUGAUUUGUGAAAUACCAAAGACCAACAUAAGUAAUAUUAUUGCUUAAAAAGA